AACCCUUUUAGGCCCCUUUUAGGAAUUCCAUGCAACCCCUUUUUGCACAGUAAAACACUGAACCAGAGCCAGCCACCCCCGAUCAGCAGAGAGCACUAAUGUUCCAUAAAAUGGAGAGCGUUACCAAUGUCAUGGAGUAUGAGAUCCUCGCAAAGGAGAAAUUACCCAAAAUGAUAUAUGACUAUUAUGCCUCUGGUGCGGAGGACGAAUGGACACUCCAAGAGAAUCGAAAUGCUUUCUCUAGGAUUUUGUUUAGGCCCCGCAUUCUUAUAGAUGUAAGCAACAUUGAUACAACCACAAGUGUCUUGGGAUUUAAGAUUUCAAUGCCCAUCAUGGUUGCACCUACUGCAAUGCAGAAAAUGGCUCAUCCUGAAGGAGAAUAUGCAACAGCAAGAGCGACAUCAGCAGCUGGCACCAUCAUGACAUUAUCCUCAUGGGCUACUUCCAGUGUAGAAGAGGUUGCUUCAACCGGACCGGGCAUUCACUUUUUCCAGCUCUAUGUGAGUUUUUCUGUUCAUUGUUCAUAUUAACUCUUAUCUACUUUGUGAAGCAUGGAUCAAAAAGAGGAAGUGUUUUUUCUACCUUCAAUGGAUUUAUAUUGUUUCUUUUUCUGCAUGUCCAUUACAAUUCAUAUUACAGAUUAAUAUUGCUCUAGCAUGCAAGUAAA